AUAAAUAAGAAUUCGCUGUCAGAACAGUCAGAAGGUGAACACACAAUUCAGUCGACGUACUUAACAAAAACACGAACUGCCAGAUGAAAAAUCUCAUUAAUUAUUAUCAUUAUUCCUCCAGAGAGAUUAUUCGUUGUAUAAUAAAAAUAAAAGCUGUGCUUAUUAAAGUUAAUGGUGGUUUGUAAUAGUUGGUUAGUUAGUUAAAUGUGAUAUAGAGGUUAGAUUUAAUAGAGGAAUCAACUGAACUGAAAUUCAGACUCAGACACGUCUAAAAAGACAAAAGAAUUGAAAAAAACCGGAAUAAUUUCCACACCCACGAAUAAUAAAUAAUGGGGGCACAAAAUUCCAAAGCGGACGAGGCCGUGUCCGGACAUUUGACGGCGGAGGAGAUGACGACGUUAAAAAAGUUGUUUAACACGUUCAAUACGCAGGUCGCCGUGGUCGGCGCCAAGGGGGAGAAAACGCUCUGCAGCAGUUAUCAAGAUUUCCAGCGCCACUGUGAAAAUUAUCUGCAUGACUGGUUAGCUGCUCGUGUCGCGGACAAAUUGUCAAUCCAGUGGCCAAAACAGGAGCAGCUCAUCCCCCUCACGAACUAUCUCAGCUUCGUGUCCGACCUCCUCAAGGGGACGGUGGACGAAAAGGUCAACGUAAUUUGGAAUUUAGCCGUUCCAACGACCCCCACCGCGCGAGAUUAUAUCACUGCCCAGGAACUUGUGCAAUACACGAGGAGCAUUAUCGAGUCUUAUCUUAAGUGUGUGGAACAGUCGCCCACUUAUCGGAGCUGGAUUGAUGCCGAAAUUGGCCAUAAUCUAACGCCAGACUCGAUCACGGACUUGGCCGAAUUCGUCUUGGCGGAUUUGCUGUAUCCGGGCAUCUCUAAUAAGGAAAUUAUCAAUCAGUCAGGGUUCGCUAAGGAUUCCUUUAGUCGAGACGACUUGGAAAAGUGUUUCCUGAAUUCGGCCCUCUUUCAACAACUGCACUCCUCCGUGGCCGCGUCUUGCUUUCGACUUGACGUGGACUCGUACUUUGUUCGUUUGUUGCCUUCCUGCAUCAAGGCGCAUCCGGCCUUCCUCCCUGAAAACUAUUCUAUCCUUGACCAUUCCAGAAUUAUGUUUCUUAAUGCGCAUCUUCCCACCGAGCUGAGAACCACGUGGCGUUUCCUCUUCUCGACGGCAGCGCAUGGGGAAAGUUUUGCUAAAAUGGUGGGACAGAUUGAAGGCAAAGGUCCCACAAUAAUUAUCAUUAAAGACCAAGGGGGUCGUGUUUUUGGAGCUUUUUCGACUGACUCGUGGGCUUUUGGUCCCAAAUUUUGUGGAAAUAAUAACUCAUUCCUGUUCCAUCUCGGGCCUAAGUUUGGGUCUUACCCGUCGACCGGAUACAAUACCAACUUCCAGUACUUUAACGUUCAACAGCAGACAUUUCCUAAUGGAAUGGGAAUUGGUGGAAAACUCGAGUAUUUUGGGAUCUGGCUUGACGCAGAAUUCGGGAAAGGAAAAUCCAGCCCGUCCUGCACAACGUAUUCUUGCCCACAAAUGGCUUCCUCGGAAGAGUUUGAAAUUCACCACAUUGAAAUUUGGGGGGUCGGUCCAGAGCCCAAGGUUGAUGAGAAUGAACGAGGCGAACGCAGCAUUCUGGACAAAGACCCGGAAACGAAAGCCCUCUUAGAAUUGGUUGAUAGGGGUUCACACAGUGAAAAAAUGGGUCUCCGAGAAGAAUCUCAUUGUGAUUAAGAAAUUAUUAGGUUGACAAUUUGACAUGACAUUCCAUUCCACAACGUUAUCCAACUUUGAAGAAGCAUUGCCACUAAUUGAUUCUCAUUUUGAUUGGAAAAAUAUCUAUGUACGAGAAGACUAGUCCGUUUAGUUUCACUUUAUAAAAAUGUAAUCAGUAAGGAAAUUGACUUUAUCAUGAUGUGUAAAUAUUUAUUAACAAGUGUGUAGUUGAAAAUGUAGUGUUUCGUUCAAAGAUUACGUAUUAUUGAUAAGGAAAGAUUUAAAAUCUCAGUCUCUAUUUAAAAUGUGUUUCAAAUAAUAUAUAUUUGUGUAAAAUAAAACGUAAAAUAUUUACAAAC